AGGUCCCUGAUCUUCCGUCCAUGACCGCAUGUCCGGAUGCGGCGCCCCCGUGAGCGGGAAAAAGAGUACAUCUUCUGCUGCCUCUUGUGUCAGACUUGCGCUCUCCGCCCAGAUCUCUUCCACUCUGCGGGGAUCUGGCCAGGAAGAGAAUCGGUGGUUUGACCGGAAACUGCCCGCGUCGUUCCAAAAUCCAUGCGAAUAUUGCUUGCCUGACUGGCGCAGAGCUGUGUCCAAGAAAAACGGCUUGGCAUUCCAUACGGCAUACAGCUCGGGUGAAUGUCGAAAAGCCUCUCGAUCCAGGGCGUGCAUUUCUCGAUACCGAUCCCGCAGGCCCGCUAAUGGUGGGACAUCGAAGGGGGAGGCGUACGUGGUGUCUAUGACAAUCGACAAGUUGCCCCGACACUUGCGGAUGAACGGCUCCAUCUCAGGGGCCGCAUAGAAGUAGACGUCGGUCGACACCCGCGACAAAAACUGGGUCAACCAGGCUUCGUAUUCGCGCAUGGUAUGCUUGGAUUUGGAUAAGGGGAAGAACGCAGAGACGAGGAGGAUAUUGGGCAGGCUCGCACUGCUGGCAUUCGAUGCAUUCUCGCCGUCCAGUAUCGCGACUUCGGAGACCAACGAUGGGACGCCCGUCGGCCACGAUGAGAGACAAACGAGGAGUAUGACGGAGAGGCCAAGCAAGAGGAAGAGUCUCCCAGUCGUAACAGGGAGUUGGCUUGAACGUUGCCUGGAUUCGAUGGGGAAAGCCUUACCCGUUUAAUUCUUCUGGCUUGUGGAUGGCAUGCAAUAAACACUCUGGAAAGGCGAGGCGGCACAUUUCAAUGGGGCUGCCGUGCUGCGCACACAGCCUCUCAAUUGGCUGAAACUGAACAUGCGAUCCUCGGAUGGGAGAGGGGGAGAGCCGUCAUUUACUCAGCUAGUUCACAU